CAUCAUGUGAUGACACAUCUUGCGUAAUAACAGCUCGUUGUUACCAUUCCAUGAAGAAAAAUGACUCGCCACACAAUAUAACUGUGUUUUAUAUCUGGUGGCCCACUAUAAGCAGAGAGGAAUGAAGUCCAUCCCAUAGGAUAUUGCCAAGACCUCCAUGCCACAGACAUGGCACAUCCCUCGCCAGGACAAAAUAUCCGGUAUGUCAGUACCGGAGAUAAAGGUUUCUGGAUACAAGAGUGAUGGAGAGGACAGGCCAGUGAAAUCAACCCUUUACAACCCCAUUAAGUCUACCCUUCCACCAUUGGAACCAUUUUUUUCAUCCCUGAAGUAAAAUCAUCCUGAUCUAUCACUAUUAACAACAGUUCCACAGACUGAUGAGCCAGCACCACCUUUUGUAAGAACUAAUUUUGGAUUGUUUCCUAAGGGUAGUACCAUCAGCCAUCAACAGAAAUUAUCUGGAAAUUAUCUGAUAAACAUUGUGGAUGGAUUUUAUCCUGAUUUACCCAUUAGUGCUGAGCAGACAGGAGAGAACAACUACAGCAGUGUGCUGACAGAGAGUCAGACAACUCUGCUAGACUCCCUCAGCGUCAGUCAGGAUGAGGCUGUGGAGAUAGAGAAGGCUACCAGACUCCAGGCGCAGGACAAGAAGUGGGUUUGUCUGAGACGUCACAGGGUCACAGCUUCCAAAAUUGGAGAAAUUUCAAAGCGUAAAAAAGAACCAGAGAAGUUUGCAGAAAGACUGAGAUCUUCUUCCAGGACCGUCCUCACAGAGGCAAUGAGAGAGGGCAUUGCCAAUGAGCCUUUUGCAGUAGAGGCAUAUGGGAAGCUAAAGGAGGGCAAUGUGAAUAUAUAUCCCUGUGGGAUUGUAAUAAGUCCCAGAGCAGCAUGGAUGGCUGCUUCUCCAGACCGGAAGGUGCUAGACCCCAGCUCCAACCCUCCUUUUGGUCUACUGGAGGUGAAGUGUCCAGACCUGCGGAAUAAGGACCUCUGUGAUCUGCAGUACCUCAGCCUGAAGGACAAUGGCCAGCUUGCUCUUAAGGCAACAUGUAACUACUAUCAUCAGAUCCAGAUGCAACUGGCAAUGACUGGUUUGAAAUGGUGUGAUUUCUUUGUCUGGUCUGAAAGGCAACACCAUCUCGAGAGAAUUGACUUUUGUCCUGAGAGCUGGCAAAGGGUGAAAGACAAGGCAGAUAAAUUCUUCUUUGAUUACCUUCUUUCAUAGUUUCUGUACUACUAUGUUAGAAGUCAUUUCUCUGAUUAUUUCAAUUACCAAAAAAAUGAAAUCAUAUCAAGUUUAAUGCAUUCAGAAAAAUACAA